CUAGUUUUUCAAAGGCCCAAUACUCUAAUAUGGUGGGGUGCCAAGUCCAAAAGAGGGAGUGGAAGCGAGAAUCAUACCUGCAUUUCCACUUUCCAAGGCGUCAUCAUCUUUUGAUUUGUAUGGAAAAUCCAAAACGUCGUCUGAUUCCCAGAAGGCAACUCCCAACAUUUAAUAGUUUCUUCUCCUUCUUCCAUUUAUUAAUUCUUAUUCAAGCUAAUCGAUUUCUUUCAUAUGCAAAAUUCGAGAAUCUGAUUGUGAUUUGUGAAUCUGUGUGUUAGGUUGUUUGCCUUUCGGGGUUUGUCCUGGAGCUUUUUUUCUAUACAUGGGUGGUUUAGGGCAGUGGUUCAAGGGUUUAAGGUUGUAGAGGGAGAGGCGGAGGGAGGUGAUGCAUUAAGAGGAGUGACGGAGGGAAGUGGAGAAAGUCGCGAUGAUGUUCUGGUGGUUCCUAUAGAGUCGGCAGUUGACGGUUUCGGCGACAACGACUGAUGGAACAAGAGACUGGUUGACUGGUUCCACGGUGACAUUCGAAGAUUCUGGUGGUGGUGCAUCUUUUGUAACGAGACGAGAGAAUAGGAUAAUGAUACAUGAUCAUAGGUUUUAGAAAUGGUAAUAAAUUGAGGGUGAGAAUUUGGCAAGGUUUUAUAUUUUACUUGUUUAAAUCACAAUCAUAUAUAAAUAAUAUAUAAAUUAUGAAAAGAAAAAUAAGG